CGUUGCGCGAUAUCAGAAAAUGAAGUCUGUAGGGCGUUUAAAUAUCUGGAUUUUCACCUAGUUUUUGGCAUAUUUCGUUAUGUCCUCCAAUUACUAAACCGUAGUAGAGUACGCUGAAAUUUUACUGUGCACAACAUCAUUCUAAUAGCAUCCUGUAUCUUAACAGCAUCUUCCUUAUGAAAAUUACCUUGAAAAUGGGACAUUAUACAAUUGUAAAGAUAUCAUAUGUAUUAAUCAAUUUAUUCCUGAUAUUAUUACUACUAUGGAGUGGUAUUCAUUGGUAUACAGAUUCAGAAUCGAAUCGAUGUAUCAUUACUCAGCUGAUGGAAAUUCCUGAAUAUAAAGAAAUCAACGUGGAUCAUGACCAACCCAGUCGCUUUUUAGGCUAUGCCCUAUAUCAAUAUCAAGAAGGUUCUAGAUAUCGAUCCGGACCCAAUAAUACACCAGUUUUAUUUGUUACAGGCUCUCAAGGAAGUUUCAAGACAAUUAGAUCAUUAGCAACAACUAUUUAUAACUUUGUACAGCAUAAUUCACCGAUUGAUUACUACAGUGUUGAUUUAAAUGAAGAACAAUCUGCUCUUAGUGGUGAAAUUAUUGAACGUCAAACUGGUAAUUAUCAAUCAUUAUGAUAAAUAUAUAUAUAUAUAUUUCUUUUUCCUCUGAAAAAAUUAAAAAUUUACUUUUUAGAUUUUGUUGAUAAAGCAAUCGAUGCUAUUUUCGGAACAUAUGCUAACCGACCAAAUCUUCCGGAACAUUUAGUGUUAAUUGGUCAUUCUGUUGGUUCUGUUGUAAUUUUUAAUUUGCUCUCAUCACGUUGGAAUGUAAAUCAAACGAAAGUGAAAUUAGUUCUAUCAUUGGCUGGUCCAAUUUAUCAACCAGGUAAAAAUUAAUUAAUGAUUGUGUAGUUGAAGUUUUUUAGACAGA